AUGCCGCCUCGUCGCUCUUCCCGGCAGUCGGCUGCGGCCGCAACCGAGAAUGUGAUCGUCAUUUCUUCUGACGAUGAUGAUGUCGCCGGCCCUGGGGCAGCCACGCCAGCCAGCGUCAGAAUGACUCGAAGUCGCACCGCCAGCUCGGUGGCCACCCCUACCACUGCGCGUUCUUCGCGCACCAGCUCCACCUACGCCUCUGGCAGCCACACCCCUGCCACCUCUGUAGAAGAUGGUGGCGACAACCAAGACGACAGCAAGUUUGACCUCGGUGCAGAUGCGCUGCAGCCUGGUCGUCGCACGGCGGCACCCCUCACUACCAGAGCCUCCCGAUCGGCUUCCCUCAAGACGCCCCUCAAAGACGAGGUCAAAGCGGAAGCUUCUCCGCCCGCCACUAGCGACUCUCGCAAGCGCAAGCGCGCUGUGACUGCUGUGAAGGGCAAGUCCACGUCAACUGCGCUCACAGACGAGACUGAAGCGGACCAGCCCGCCCGCCGAAAGGGGCGAAGCUCCACUGCCUCGAAUGUUGCCAUGAAGGCCAAAGAUGCCGGUGGCUUCCUGGACGAUGACCCCGAAGGCCUGGACGCCUUCUUAGAGCAGGAGUUCAGUCAACUUUCGUCCUCUAGUCGCAAGGUCAAGACGCCCGCCAAGGGCAAGGGUCGCGCCCAACCUCAAGCCAAGAAGGAAGAGGAGAGCGACGAUGCUUUCGACGAGAUCCAUCUCACACCACGGUCGCGCCGCAUUCCCCGUCGAAGCGCCUCGUCUGGUAAGAAGGAGCUCAAACCCUACAUUGACGAAUCGGACGACGAGAUCGACGGUCUCAAGGACGAAGACAACGUCAGCGCGGGCGGCGACGAUUACGAGGACAGCCUCUCGCUCCUGGAGGAGAUGAGCAGCGACGACGAGCCCCUGUUCAGCAGGAUGCGCUCCGAACGCUCGAAGGCAAGUGGCAGUGCCGCCCAGGCUGGCCCAAGCACCUUCGCUACGCUCGACGACAUCAAGUUCGACUCGGACGAAACCGAAGACGACGACGACUUUCACCCGCGCGGCAACAACUUCUAUGCAGAGGACACGCAGUACGAGACCGAAAAGCAGCGCAAGGCACGCAUUCGCAGCGAACGUCACCAGGCUCGCCUCAAGAAGGUGGACAAUCGCACGCAGUACGACAAGAACGCCCAAGCGCUCCACAAGCACCACCCGCAGCUCAAGGACGUGUGGGAGAAUCUGCAGAAGACGGUGGCAGUCAUCAAGCCCGAAGAGGCCGAGCAGCCGGCUGGCCUCAACAUCAAGCUGCUCCCGUUCCAGCGCGAGGGCCUGUACUGGAUGACGCGCCAAGAGCAGGGCACUUGGAAGGGCGGCAUGCUUGCCGACGAGAUGGGCAUGGGCAAGACGAUCCAGAUGAUCAGCCUUAUGCUGUCGGACCGCAAGAAGCCGUGCCUUGUCGUGGCGCCGACCGUGGCCAUUAUGCAGUGGCGGAACGAGAUCGAGCAAUACACCGAGCCCAAGCUCAAGGUGCUCCUGUGGCACGGACCCAACCGCACGCAGAACCUCAAGGAGCUCAAGGCCGUCGACGUGGUGCUGACGAGUUACGCGGUGCUGGAGAGCAGCUUCCGCAAGCAGGAGUCGGGCUUCCGGCGCAAGAACGAGAUCCUCAAGGAAAAGUCGGCGCUGCAUGCGGUGCACUGGCGACGCAUCAUCCUCGACGAGGCGCACAACAUCAAGGAGCGCUCCACCAACACCGCCAAGGGCGCCUUCGCCCUGCAGGGCGACUUCCGGUGGUGCCUGAGUGGCACGCCGCUGCAGAACCGUGUCGGCGAGCUCUACUCGAUGAUCCGCUUCCUCGGCGGCGAUCCUUUCGCAUACUACUUUUGCAAAAAGUGCCCUUGCAAGUCGCUGCACUGGUCGUUCAGCGACAAGCGCAACUGCGACUCGUGCGGCCACACGCCGAUGCACCACACGUGCUACUGGAACAACGAGAUCCUCAAGCCGAUCCAGCGCAGCGGUGCGCAGCACGGCGAAGGCCGGGACGCGUUCCGGCGUCUGCGCAUCCUGCUGGAGCGCAUGAUGCUGAGGCGAACCAAGCUGGAGCGUGCAGAUGACAUGGGCCUGCCACCGCGCACGAUCGAGGUGCGACGCGACCUGUUCAACGAAGAGGAGGAGGAUCUGUACACGUCGCUGUACACGGAUACGACGCGGAAGUUCAGCACGUAUCUGGACCAGGGCACGGUGCUCAACAACUACUCGAACAUCUUCACGCUGCUGACGCGCAUGCGACAGCUGGCGAACCAUCCGGAUCUGGUUCUGCGUUCCAAGACGGGAAUGGCGUCGAAGCUGCUGGGCGAUGCUCAGUCCGAGAUUCACGUGUGCCGUCUGUGCACGGACGAGGCGGAGGACGCGAUCAUGUCGCGAUGCAAGCACAUCUUCUGCCGCGAGUGCGUGCGGCAGUAUCUGGACGCCGACAUUGAGCCGGGCGCGGUGCCGGACUGUCCGUACUGCCAUGCGACCUUGUCGAUCGACCUGGAGUCGGAGGCGCUGGAGCCGCCGGAGAGCACGAUCCGGAUGAACGACUCGGGUCGCCAGGGCAUCCUGGCGCGUCUGGACAUGGACAAGUGGCGCUCGAGCACCAAGAUCGAGGCGCUGGUGGAGGAGCUGACGCAGCUGCGGAGCGAGGACAAGACGAUCAAAUCGCUCGUCUUCUCGCAGUUUGUCAACUUUCUCGACCUGAUCGCGUUCCGGCUGCAGCGGGCGGGCUUCCAGAUCUGCCGUCUGGAGGGCAACAUGUCACCCGAGGCGCGCAAUCGGACGAUCAAGCACUUUAUGGAGAAUCCGAACGUGACGGUGUUCCUGGUGUCGCUCAAGGCGGGUGGCGUUGCGCUCAACCUGACCGAGGCGUCGCGAGUGUACCUGAUGGAUCCGUGGUGGAAUCCGUCGGUGGAGGUGCAGGCGAUGGACCGCAUCCACCGACUGGGACAGCAUCGACCGAUCAUUGUGAAGCGCAUGGUGAUCGAGAACAGUAUCGAGUCGCGCAUCAUCGAGCUGCAGAACAAGAAGAGCGCGAUGAUCGAGGCGGCCAUCGGCAAGGACGACGGUGCGAUGGGCAGGCUGAGCGUGUCGGACCUGCGCUUCCUGUUUACGCUCUGA